GUUCUUGUGUUCUUUUUCCUCAAGUUUAAACUAGUGAAUUCCUUCACCUGCUGUUCAUGCUGAUGUUCAGGAGCUAACUGGUUUAAUCUGACAUUGUUUGUCUUUGCUAGUCCUAAAGUUUGGGGAAAAAAGAGGGCAGCGUGACUUCUUUAUGUUUGUAAAGACAUGUCACAUGUCACGUCUCAUCCAAGGAGCUCCUUCAGUUCUAAAACAGGAGAGUCCUAGGUAUUUAACCUGUUUGGAGUCGAUCCUGACAGUCGCUGGUAUGGGUCAUUACCAUCAGUGGGGGUUGAGGGCGAAACCAGCUUGGCACAUGUGACGAAGCCUCUGCUUAGGUCACCGGUCUUACUCUGCAGAAGUCAAUGACUUCGUAAAGAAAGCUGUUAAAGCUUUUUCUCCAAAGCAGCGAUUCCCAAAGUCAGGAGUGCUGCAAAACCAGAAAAUCCCGAUCUCAAACCUCCACUCUGAUCAAAGUGUGAGAGAGUGAAGCAUUUACAUGACAAUGUUAUUCAAAAUCAGUCUGUUGGCUAUAAACUGCUAAUGUUACCCAUUAGCAUUGGCAGUUUAUAUGCAAAGUGUUAAGGCUAACGUGACCCAUCUGUCACUAGGACACAAACUUCUCCUGCAUUUCAAGUUCACAUAAAUUAAUAUAAAUAUGUAAUUGUACUUUGUAAGUAAAAUAAAACUGAAUUUCUAUGACACCUGCAGUACCGUCACGGCCCACUAGGUUAGAUAACGGUCCACAGGACGAGAAGUCGUUGGCCCCCUGGUGGCCAUUAAAAAGAAUACAGUUUAAGGCACUUCUGGUUUCACUGUUAGAAAACCAACUUUUGGGGCUUAUUCAGGAUAAAAUAUUUCUGUUCACAAAGAACCAACUGUUAGCUCUAGAUGAAUCGAGUAAAGUGUCUGUCUAGCUUCAAAUAAACGUGUUAGUCCUUAAAGUCCAAUGAAGAACGUUCUGAUCCAAACCUCAUGUUGUGCAGAAACUGCAAGGAGAGACCGUUGAAAGCAGAUGUUGUUAGCACAUGUAGGCAGCACAAGAGCUACCUUUGAGCUACCAUCUCGUGUUCACGUGGAGGGUCCGCCACAUGGAGUGCCAUUCCAACCCAAUUAGUGUUAAGUGGAUUAUGAAGCCCUCGAAAACCGAGUGAGUGUUUGGCGAUGCUUGAUGCGUGACCUGUGACUCCACUCCUCUCGAGCGCGCCGCCUGUUCAGUGUCAAAUGUAACAAACCUCCAGAUAUGAGUGGCGUGCUGUUAUUCCCUUGGUAAUUAAUAAGAACUUUCAAUAAAAUGGAAAUUUUGUUGGUGUAUCUAAGGACAGAAUUUCUGAAGUAAUGCAAUUAGUUCAAAUAACUAUAAUUUUAUUAUGCUUUCCCAGAAGAAGGGAGUGGGGUUUUCCCAUUGCUCUUGCUGUGACAUCGCCUUUAGUCUGAGAGCAGAGAGUUUAUCAGAUGAAUGAAAGUUUCCUAAAAUGCACCGAAGCCAAUAAACCAACAGACUAAGCCUGGAGUGAAAGUACGCAGCCUUAAGCAUCAAACUUUAACUGAUAUCAGUGUGUUAAUAAGAUUAAUAGAAAUAUGGUAUAAACAACAUGUUUCCUACGGAGCUAUCUGCUCUUUACAACAAGCUAACAGUGGGUAUGUGUUUGAUAUGUCAAGAAAUUAAACAGGAUCAACAGCAAAAUCUAUUUUUCAUUCAUCCAGGUGACUUUUCAGAGUCUGUGCUGACCACAGGUCUCCUUACAAACAGGUCACGGCAGUCUGCAUCAUAAGACAGAUCUCAUGUUAUGUGAUGCUGCACCGGUGAUUGUUGCACCGGUGACUGAACAAACCUGCAGUCAGCUGAAACUGAAGAUGUCAUCCAGGUGACUUACCUGGAUGAGCUCAUCCAGACCAUUUUUUAAUUUAUUUUGGGAUUAAAUGUUCUAAAAGUGACACAUGAACAAAUUCCUGCGUCGUAAGAAAUAAGUUGUUGCUUUAUUGUACGCCUGCAUUCGUGGUUAGAAACUUAAAUGAUGAAACAUCCCAGUUGAUGCUCGGUGUUCUGCAGCUGAUAAUAUCAGAAAUUAGUUACAAAAUAGUUUGAAGUUGUGAAAUGCGUGUUAAGUCUGGAACGAGGUGACAACAUCUAAUCUUUAACUGCACAAGCUGCAGGCUUAACUUGCAAAUGUCCUGCAAUGAUGUCACAGGGCAAACGCCUGCAUGUCCUUUUACAGAGCAAACACUGUUCCUACAGCGGCUCAGAAGAACAUUAACAUCUAUGGAGGAAAUAUGGAAGCUCGUCUUUAACACUACAUUUAAAUUUCAAUCUAAUAACUCAAAACUAGGGUUAGCCUGACACUCAGUAACUCAAGAAAUGUUGUUUUAAUAAGUCCAAAUUUGAAGACGAUAGCCCAAAAUUGUGAUUUACAGAUUACAUGGCAGAGUAGCAUUUUUUGCAGUGGUGGAAAAGGGCUUCCUUCAAGAGCAGCCCUGAAGGCUUUUCUCCGACCGUGGCCUCUGGAUGAAGGUUGAACAUACUCACUGUGACUUCGCUGCUUCAGUCUGUGGGCUCUGCUCCGUAAAGCCUGAAACCGUGUAGUUUAUUGGUCAGGCACUCGGAUAAGCUGAGGUGAAGCCCAGCAGAACAGGUUGGAAAAAUGAAGCACGUGUCUUAAACCCGUGUUCUACCUGAAGACCAAUAGAUGGCGAUGACUGUGGUUGCAUAAAAAGACCUCCAGUCUCCUAGAGGCUUGUCACAUGAUGUCAGUCUGCAUUCCUCCAGAGUGGUCUGCAAUAUUGGAGGUGAUACACAUUAGGGCAAAGUAUGUAUUCCCUCAGUAGUUGGUGACGGUUCCUGGAGGUUGUUAGCGUAUGCCUGGUGAAAUCGGUUGCAAAGAGCACGCUGCGACAAAAACGUCUUUGUGGUUGCUUCGGUUGCCUGUAGUUUGCAUGGAAGAUGCCAAUUGUGGGCAAACGCUUUGCUAAUUACUGAUGUGGUGACGGUGAAACCUGAAAUAGUGCGAUGCAAAUCAGAGAAGGGUCGCCUUCAAAGUACAAGUGAUGGCUCAGAACCACGCCGAUAUGUGUCAGAAGGCACAAAUUCCACUUUGAAGGUGAAUCUUCGACAUUUCUAUUUGUGUUGCUUUUUUCACAGCUUUGCAGACACACGGAUGAUUGCAGCAACUUGCUAGCAACCAAAGCAAUUGCUAAUGAGUUGGGGAAUACACUUUUCGCUCACGACCGACCAGCGGUUGCCAAACGGUUGCAGACCAGUCUGUAAGGACAUCACGUCUCAAAUGACGGACAAGUUAAAACCAUGUGGUUGGUGAUCAUGUAGACGUCUAUGGGAAAAAGUCAUUCGGAGUUUUGUAUCUUUUUAAAUAAAAAAAAUUACGUCUGUUUGGUACUUUUGUCAUACUGUGUUUCCGGGUGUGUUAUUGGGGAAAAAACAUCAGCUACAGUAAAGAUCAGCAACUCCCUGAUUUCUGUAUCGCUUCAUAAUGUGGAGGACUCCUGGGGGCUCCUGAGGAUCCGGGAAACCUGAAGCCUUGUGGGUACUACGGCCCUGGAUUGCGGUGAACCUUAAACAUGUCAGGCUGUUUAAUGUGAAUCAUCUCCUGCUCUGUUUACCAUUGAAUGGCCGGUGGUAGCAGCAUGUCUGCGCUGCACCGCAGUUUAGGAAUCAUUUAUGCCAAACUAUGAAUGGACCUUGAAGCAGCAGUAAACCCUCGGUCAGCCUGUAAAGCAGCUGGAUUAGCCCGCUGCUGUUUCAUUUCGCAGCGGGUCCUCACAGAGACAGCAGAGCGCGCACAAACACGCAGAGGGGAGGGGGAGCUGCUGCCUUUGCGGAAGCCAGUGGAGAGCCGAGGCGGCGCUAAAUCAAAUUACCAUACUAACUAGUUCUCUGUGCGCCGAUGUGAGGGGAACAGCCUGAAGAAAAGCCUCCGUUUUAAAGUCAAGACACCUACGAGUCCGGCCUCAUUUUGUUGGGAUCUUCCUGCCGUCCGCCUGCAGAGGAGAUGGGGGACAAGGCGGGCACCAGAGUUUUCAAGAAGUCGAGCCCCAACUGUAAGUUGACGGUUUACUUGGGAAAGCGAGACUUUGUGGACCACCUGGACCACGUGGACCCAGUCGAUGGCGUGAUCCUGGUCGACCCAGAGUACCUGAAGGACAGGAAAGUCUUCGUCACGCUGACCUGUGCGUUUCGAUAUGGACGCGAGGACCUGGACGUGCUCGGUCUAUCCUUCCGGAAGGAUCUGUACAUCUCCACCUUCCAGGCCUUCCCUCCGGUGCCCGAGGAGCGGAAACCCAACAGCCGGCUGCAGGAGAGGCUGCUGAAGAAGCUCGGCCAGCACGCACACCCCUUCUACUUCACCAUUCCUCAGAAUCUCCCCUGUUCAGUCACUCUACAGCCCGGACCCGAGGACACCGGCAAGGCCUGUGGUGUUGACUUUGAGAUCAGAGCUUUCUGUGCCAAGUCAAUGGAAGAGAAGAUUCACAAGAGGAACUCGGUGCGUCUGGUGAUCAGGAAGGUUCAGUACGCUCCGGAGAAGCCUGGUCCUCAGCCGAUGGUGGAGACCACCCGCAGCUUCCUGAUGUCCGACAGGUCCCUGCACCUGGAGGCAUCUCUGGACAAAGAGCUGUAUUAUCACGGCGAGCCCAUCAGCGUCAACGUCCACGUCACCAACAACUCCACCAAGACGGUCAAGAGGGUGAAGAUCUCCGUGCGUCAGUACGCAGACAUCUGCCUGUUCAGCACUGCCCAGUAUAAAUGUCCCGUGGCUCAGCUGGAGGCAGACGACCAGGUGUCGUCCAGCUCCACCUUCUGCAAGGUGUACACUCUGACCCCGACACUGGACAAGAACAGAGAGAAGAGAGGACUCGCUCUGGACGGGAAGCUCAAACAUGAAGACACCAACCUGGCCUCAUCCACCAUUGUGAAGGACGUCACCAACAAGGAGGUCCUGGGGAUCCUGGUGUCCUACAGAGUCAAAGUCAAGCUGGUGGUGUCCCGUGGAGGGCUGCUGCGAGGCUUAUUGGAGAGGGACGUGUCGGUGGAGCUGCCCUUCAUCUUAAUGCAUCCUAAACCUCCGGAGCCGCCGGCGUCCCGCCCACAGUCAGCUGUGCCAGAAACUGACCCGCCCAUCGACACCAAUUUGAUAGAGUUUGACACAAACAGCAUCUCGCAGGACGACGACUUCGUCUUCGAGGACUUCGCCCGCCUCCGGCUCAAAGGUGUUGUGGACGACAAGGACGAGGACUGCUAGGAGCUCGCCAACCCCUUCAUAUGCUCGCUUCAAAACCACAACACACACACACACACGCACACACACACACACACACACACACACACACACUGUUCACAUUCCCCAGGGAUGGAUGAGGGUAUAUUUGGACGGAGGCCUCGGAGGGGCUUGGUGGUGUUCUUCCUCUCUUGCUUCAGCCAUUCGUCACGCCACCUUCGCCAUUUUUCCGCCGUCUUCUCCAUCUGUUGUCUCUCGUUUCUCUUUUUUGCUAGAAAUUCUAAAUGUUAAGCAGCUGCAGGACAGAUGUUGGCACUGUGGAUGGGAACCUCUGCUGCUUGUCGUGGGCGGGGCUUUGAGAUAGAAAGCAGGAAGCUAAAGAAUCAGCAGCGUUCGUCCGCUUUGUUUUUGAAUGUUUCCCGACGAUCACCGUCCUGUACAAACAGAAUAUAUAUUUGGAAAAAAAAAUUGUUCGGUGGUGAUCGCCGCUUUCCUUCGAGUAAAUCCUGUAGAUAGUUUUUCUCGCGGUGGCUGCAGCGAGAGGAAAUACAUGUGCACACAAACACACACACUCAGAGAAGUCUUACAAGCGACUGAAGUUCGAUUUCACCAGCAUCCGCUCUCCUCCUGCUCCAACUGUCGUCCAUGUUCAGAAACGUUCGCCAUGUCCUGUCGGCUUUUUUUAAUUAUUAAAAAAAAACAUUCCAGUGCGGACACUUCAUUCAGAUCCCAGAGAUCAUUUUGCAAUCCUGCUUUUUAAGAAAUUACAUGAAAAGACGACAACCAAAACUUUAUCCACCCUCUCCGUAAGUGGAGCUAAUUUAACUCUUUAUUUUGGUUUGAUCCUGUUAAAGCUCAACAGUAAGCUGGUACUUGUCUGAAUACUGUUGUUUGUUAAGAGAAUGAAGACGUGUAAUUGCAACAAUGUGACAGCGAACAAAUUGAAGCUAAAAACAAAGCAUAUAAAUUUGCGAUGGUACAGGAGGCCUGAUCACUGAGAGUCACGAUUCUUAAUUUAUAUCCUGGGUUGUUUUAGUUUUCUCUGAUGGAACUAAAGAACACUCGAGUUUAGUCACACUGGAAUCUUUUUUUUUUUUCCCUUGAACUUUGGACUGGAUUUGGAGGUCGAGUCACUGGAUAGGUUUUUUACCUUUCUUUGAUCUGUUUCUGUUUAUUUCACUUCCAGAUUUACAGUUAAAGUCAACAAAACUGAUGCUAAAGUCUGUUUCUCUUGUUGCUUGUUAAAAUAGAAACGGUCUGAGACUCAGUGCGGCCGGUUUAACUCACCAUUGUCAGCUCAUUGAAGGGAAACUCUGGUGCUCGUUGUUUGGUUUGUUGUCUUCACUCACUGGUCCAAACUCACUUUGAACAAGCAUUUAGAUGAAGUUAGUAUGAAGCUUCACCUCAGAGUUAAGUCAUCACAGGAAGCUGUGCUGUGCCUUUAAGGUUUCACUGUUGCCAACACGAUGAUCUAUGAACCUUGGUGACUGACAAGAACUCAGCUUUUUUAAAAAGAAAAAUUGUUGGUUUAAAACGUUUGGGCAAACCUGGGAUGUGUCAGUUUAGAAACACUGCGUGGUGUUAUUUUUCUCUAAGUUCAGGUCUUACAUUUUAGUUUCAGGGGAUAAACCAUUAAAUAUUUUUGCUUAGUAAGUAUAACUUUAAAAUUAAUAUUAACUUUUUAAUAAAAUAAAACAACCACAUAUUCUUAUAAUUUCUAAUCCUUGAGAGCUUCUCUUUAUUUUAUUGUGUAGAUUGCAAAGAUACAUUUUAAAUUAAUGUUGUCACCAUUUUCUUUUCUGGAAUUAUUUCCAAUCUGGUAACAAAUAUUUCUGUGGCCUUUACUGUUGUUUAGUUUGUACUGUGAUGAUACAAUAUUUGGGGGUUUGUCCGGGAUUUGGCAGUUUCACAGUUAUUUCUAGACCAUCAAACACAGAUUACUUAAAUCCCACUAUUGUUUUGUUUGACACAUUGAAAGAUGCUGAUGACAGUGAACAGACUUACUCACUUUAAUGUUGACCUGUUCAAAUUUGACUUAUUUCCUGUGAAUGUUCGUAUUAAACAUGGUUGAAGUUUCUGAUAACCAAUUGGUCAAUGAUCCGUAAUCCUGCAGCCAAAUGCUCAGUUUUUUUGUUUUUCCUACUCACAGUCUGUAUGAUGUCACACAGAGCAGAUGUCCCUAUUAUGAUCAUCUCAGGACACAGAAACCAUCUCAUGUUCUGACCAGAGGCAGCCAAUCAGAAGAAAGCUGUCUUAAAGUGGAAGUGAGAGCUCAGUACAAGAUAAGGAUUAUUUAGAGCUUUGAAUCACGCAAAGCUGCUUUGCUAGAUUCUCAUAGAGACCAAGAAUAAAAAUGCCGAGCUGGUAAUGAGCAGUAUUGAUUCACUUUGAAAUGUUUUUCACACCUUUAUUCUUGGUAUGUGACCUUUUUUUUUUCCUCUUAGAAACAAAACAUAAUGAUCUAAAAAUGAAACCAUAAAACUAUUUUUUAAAGGUUGAUGCCAAAGGAAAUGUUUAAACCUGAGAAGCUGAAGUUGUUUAAAAUAGUCCAAAAUGAACCAAAGCAUCAAAACAAACAUGCAUAAAAAGACCACAAGGCAGUCGUGUUGAAGACAAAUGAACUGAAAGUAAAGGCAGUGCUGUGCUGUGUAGUACCACGAUAGUGCUGUGAGUCUUUGCUGGACCUCGAUUUCAAAUCUGGUCCAGAGUUUGGAUUUAGGUGUUUUGGCGAGUACCCGGUCUGUGUGAUGCUUGCCAUAAUGUCUACAAAACAGGAAGUGAUUUCUGCUGGUGGGUCGGACAGGGAGCAGCUUAAAAGUAGCUGCACAUUGACUCUCUGCUUCAUCUUGUGGUCCAAAGUGCAGCCAUGCUGCUCUUCUUCACGUUCUUUUGAAACUUUAGCUCAUUUUGGAAGCUUUUAAACAGUUUUUAAAGCACAUUUACUUACAGGAAGUAACUUUAGGGUGCCAUGAGAAACAUGACAGCCAAAAUGAACCAAUCAGCACCAGUGUUUCCGUUCUAAAUCCACCUCACCAACAUCCCGCCUUACCCUCUGAAGACCAUCAAACCAUUUAAGUGAUCUCUUUUCUUUCCUCCAUCCAAACUCGGACACGAUGUGAAGGACUUCAGGUUUUAGACGCCAGCUUUCCAAAUCUGUUGCUUUUAUUCUAGGCUUUAUUAUCGUUAUUAUUAAUGUUAUUUUGUUAAUGAUUUUUGGCCCCAAAUCCCCGUACAGAUCAACAUUUCAGAUGAACACGAGCACUGCACUUUCAUUGGACGAAAACCCCGCAGAACUGCAGACGUUUUAUUUCAGAAGACGAAGAAGAAUGUUAACAUUUAUUUUUCCCUAAAAUUGUUUGUCGGGGUUUCACAACUUGAACUUUGUUUUGUUCAAUUUUAAAACUGCCAAAUUUCCCUCCUUCCCACCCUCCCUCCCUCCUUAGCUCAGUCAAACGUUACAGCUGCGACCCUAAAACGAGACGUAGAUGAAGAAGCCGACUCGGAGCAUGAUUUGAAUUCCUUUGUUUGAAAUUUUGUUUCCAAGCAGUGCUGUGAAUCGUACGAGCUGUGAUUCUGUCCUUAUUUUGUCGUGCAUAUGUGGGGUAACUUUGCUAAGUGUGAAAAUAUUUUGACAAGUGCCACGCCCCGGCCUGUGCGAUGCUUACCAUAAUGUCUAUAAAACAGGAAGUGAUUUCUGCUGGUGGGACGGACACCAGAACAGAUAGAUCUAUGAUUAUUAUGCUUCUGAUUAUUAUUAUUAUUAUUAUUAUGGUGACUUCUUAUUAUUCUACUGUAUCAUCAUUGCGACCAUGAUUAUUCUCAUAAUCAUUUAAGAGUCUAUUGUUUCGCCAUGUAUUUUUUAUGUUGAGAUUUUUAUUUUAGUUUUCUUUUUAUUAAAGGUAAAAAGAACUAACAGACA